AUUAUAGUUAUUAUUAUUAUUAUUAUUAUUAUUAUUAUUAUUAUUAAUUACUUAUUAGGGCAGAUAAUUAUCCCGGGGAUUGAUUAUGGCGAGAGACGGUCUGGCAAUGGGGCGGGUGAUCGGAGAGGUGUUGGAACCAUUUACGACGUCCAUAAACCUCCGGGUGGUUUACGGCGACCGCGCCAUCACCAACGGCUGCGAGUUCAGGCCAUCUCAGGUGGUUGGCCUGCCGACGGUUGAUAUUGGCGGCCAAGAUUUACGCGCUUUUUAUACCCUUGUGAUGGUGGAUCCUGAUGCUCCAAGUCCAAGUGAUCCAAACCUAAGAGAAUACUUGCACUGGUUAGUGACUGACAUUCCAGCGAACAGAGGAGUUAAUUUUGUGCAUAAACGCAUGUUUGUGUACGUGUUUCUGCUUUAAAAUAGUCUUAUUAUAUUGUUCGUCGAUAAAUUCAGGACAUGAAAUUGUGAGCUAUGAAAGCCCACAGCCAUUCUUUGGAAUCCAUCGCUUCGUAUUUGUACUGUUCCAGCAGGUGGCCCGACGACAGACCAUUUUCGGACCGGGUUCGCGCCAAAAUUUCAACACUCGAGAAUUCGCCGACGUUUACAACCUGGGUCCACCGGUCGCGGCCGUCUUCUUUAACGGCCAACGCGCGGCGGGCACCGGAGGCCGACGCCGUUAAUAAUUGGAUGUGUAUAUA